AUGCUACCACCACCACCUAAAUGUUGUGGUUGUUUACCACUAAGACUAGGUUGUAGUAUGAUAUGUUUAAUAUGGGCGGGGUUCUCAAUGUAUAUGGCAGUGCUGUCUUUUCAGAAUUCAAGCUCACCGACCACCGUAUUUGGCGUGGCUAAUCUGAUUUUAUCUUUGGUUUCUAUUGGCGGCAUUGUUGUCUUGAUUACCAAUUUUGGUCCUUAUGUCCAUACACUAUCGCAUGCUAUCUUUGUAUCUGUCUUUAUUGUACUUGUCGACACAUUUGUUAACGUUAUUUUAUUUAUUACAAGUAAAGCAGAUUAUUAUAAUUGGUGUAUCAAUACUUCUUCAAACGCAAUCAGACAAAACCUAAACACUACCACAAAUGGUAGUAUACCCACAUUUGAUUUUUCAAAUGAUUAUUAUAAUUGUCACAGUCUAUGGGAAGAUGAACUCAAGUUUGGCAUUAUAUUUUAUAUCCUUUUGUUUGCAUUUUAUGCUUAUUGGGCCCUGUGUAUCUAUAGUUACUCGCUUGUUCUUCGAGGUUAUGCGGCAGAAAUGGACUAUCGUUUCGGAUCUGCUAAUAUGCCCAUGAUGAAUUCUGGUGUGGCUUUACCACCCAAUGCCAUACUCAACACACCUGCUGGGGCUGGGGCUGGACCGUUUCUUCCAAAUGACCGCAGUGUGAUUGUACUGAAUAAUGCAAAGCCAAAGUCAAAAUCAACCAAGCGAAUUGAUACAUUCUCAUUCCGAAAGAAGCAAUCUGCUGUUACGCCUCAAGAUUCAUUGCAAGUGCCUUUUUUUGCAGAUCAUCAAAAAGAUUCACAGUUCACUAUUGGGUUUCGGCUAGGUCCCGAUGGUAAUAUCAUUGAUAUCGAGAAUGCGUCCUCGCCCACUUUUGUAGAUCAUAAACAGUUAAAACGUAAACCAGUAAAAGAGGAAGAUGGUUAUUAUUAA